AUGGAACUCCAACUUCGCCGAGCUACCGUCAAUGACAUCCCGCAACUUCAUCCGCUAAUUGAUGCGUCGGUCCGAGGUCUCCAAGUCGAACACUAUACGCCAGCACAAAUAGCCGGUGCUCUGAAAUCAGUAUACGGAGUUGAUACCCAACUCAUCCAGGAUGGAAAUUACUUUGUAGUGACAUCUGGAGAUACGAUUGUGGGAUGUGGUGGAAUAUCUUAUAGGUCCACGUUGUAUGGGGGUGAUCAAUUUGCAACUCGAGAUUCAAAACUGUUGAAUCCUGACGUAGAUGGUGCCAGAAUUCGUGCUUUCUUUGUUCAUCCUGAUUGGACACGAAGAGGUAUUGCUGGUAUGAUUAUUCGAGCUUGUGAGAACGCCGCGAUAGAAGCAGGCUUUAAGAAGGCUGAAAUCGGCUCUACCUUGAGUGGAGUUGCAUUCUACGAGAAGAUGGGGUACGAGGCAUUGGGAAGAUCCGACGCGCCUCUAGAUGAUGGAUUGGUAUUGGAGAUUGUAAAGAUGGGCAAGAGUUUGGUAUGA